CUGGUUGUUAUCGAGUUGCCAAGGUUGAUCAAAGGAAACCAUAUCAUCAAUUUGGAUGGUCCAGGUGUGCUGCCGACUUUGCAUUAUUAGGUACCAAGUAUAGCAGAGUCGUGUGCUCGCCUGCUAUCUUAUACAACAACUUGGUCCAACCCGCGCAUGCAACCUCCCAACACCCCGCAAAAUCCGUAGGAAGAUACGCCCAAUCACCGAUCAAGCAGACAACCCGCCAAGAUGUUGUCUAUUCUGCGCAAAGCCCGGUUGAAGGACAAGGAGAUGCGAAUUCUCAUGCUCGGUCUCGACAACGCCGGCAAGACGACCAUCGUCAAACAAGUCAUGAAAGAGGAUGUCACCACCGUCAGUCCCACGUUGGGCUUCAUCAUUAAGACCAUCGAAUUCCAAGGAUACCGUCUCAACAUCUGGGACGUCGGAGGCCAGAAAACGCUUCGUUCUUACUGGAAGAAUUAUUUCGAGAAGACUGAUACCCUGGUCUGGGUGGUUGAUGCGACCGACCGCCUACGCGUGGACGACUGUCGAACCGAACUGGCGGGUUUGCUUUUGGAAGAGCGCUUGAUGGGGGCGAGUCUGUUGAUUUUUCUCAAUAAAACUGAUGUUGAUGGGUGUAUGACUGAGGAAGAGGUUCGCGAGCGAUUGAGCUUGGACUCUAUCAAAACACACAAAUGGACGAUAUUGCCCUGCAGUGCAAUGACAGGCAGAAAUUUGCAUGAGGGGUUGGAUUGGGUGGUGCAAGAUGCCAAGGAUCGACUCUUUUUAUACUAGGUUAGCUAGCUAGAUUGCCCAAUUUGCGCUUCGCCGAUGAUCACGAUGGGGAAAAGAAAAAUACCCUCGAUCUUUGAUUUCAGAUAAUACCAUGAGUACUAAGUUAGGACUUCAAUUGGUCUACCGAG